GCGGUAGUAAUAGAGAAGUCUUCUUUCCGGAAGAGUGAGAGUGAGAUUCGAGGUUUGGCCGUAGGUAAAAAAAGAAAAUGGCAAAGAAAGCUUCAUCAAAGUGUCGAAACUCCUCUGCUUCAACUUCAACUUCAACUUCACUCUCUAGGACAGCAACCAAAAGUGUCAGGGUAAAAUCAGCGGAGAAAGUAAAGGCAGGUGGAGUGAAGCAGAGCAAACCCACAUCGAAGAAGAAGCCUAAGAAGCCCCCCACUGCCUUCUUCUAUUUCUUGGAGGACUUCCGUAAGGAAUUCCAGGAGCAAAAUCCAGACGUCAGGUCAAUGCGAGAUAUUGGGAAAGCUUGUGGAGAGAAGUGGAAAAUAAUGACAUAUGAGGAAAAAGUGCAUCUCUUUAUUUACCUGAACUUGGAGCUUAGUUGCUCAUUUUGUGGGUUGCUCUUAUCUCGUGAGUAAUAUGUUGGAGCGGGAGAAGAUCGGAGCAAUUAACUUGUUUCAGCAUCAAGUCCGAAGCAGCCUCAGAUUAUGUUUUUCUGACCAGAUUAAUCCAAUUAGGUCAAGUUCUCUUCUUUAGAUGAUAAGUCAAGUUCAUUUCACUAAUAAUACCCCAAGAUGAUGUCAAAAGAUUUACGAAGUGAGUGAGUGGCUAAAUAAUAUUUAUCAAUCAAGCUCUUACAAUCUAGGGAUGAAGGUUCUCAUUCUUUAACUUAAUAAAGAAGGGAAUAAAAAUGGUCUUUAACUUACAAUCUAGAUUAAUACAUGUGGAAUAAUUUCAUACUAUUCUCAUUCCAAAUUGUCAAAAACACACAAUGUUAUGGUCUUCCAAAUUUCUGUGUUCUCCUUGCUAAAUCUCUGCCAUCUCCAUUUGGUCAUUGUCUCUUUAACCGUUUUUGUAACACCCAAGCCAUCUCACAAAUAGAGUUUGAGAUUCCAAUUUGUUCUAGUUCUUAACCUGUAGGAGUUGAAAUUUUCUACCGAUCAGAGUUUUCAAGUGACAAUCUAUGUUAAGCAAGAGGGACCAUUAGUUAUGUUGGAUGUAUUCAGACUAAUGGACCGAAAUUCUCCCUUUUAUUUGUCUUUAGACUCAAAAUAAUCCUUCUUCUUUUCUGUGGAUACUAAUAGUCCUCCUCUGCCAAAUUGGUGCACUUCCAGUCCACCCCAAACGUCUGUCUCCUGAUUUAACGUGAAGGUUGUACUCCUGCAAAUCACGCGUGACAUUUUUUAUCAGUGAAAAUGAUAAAAAAAUGUUUGCCUGCUCUGUUUCUCCCAUCCAAUCCUUUCGAAGCCCUUCAGCAAAAUCCCCAAACCAUAAGGUGUUUAUUUUUAAGAACAUAGGAGAAAAAAGCAUGUGGAGACCAUUGAGAAGCUGAAAGAGAAAGAAGAAAAGAUAGAUGGUGCAAGAGGAAGUUGAGACUGAGAAACAUAAAGGGGUAGAAAGAGGAUCAAAUUGUCUUGCCACAGUUCAUUCGGUUACUAAUUUUAUGUUUGCAUUGUUAUAACUAUAAGAUGGUAGUUGAAUGGAGCUGCUAAAAAGUUUUUGCAAGAUUGUUAUUGAAUAAUGGAGCUAGUAAAAGGUUUCUCUAAAGUUGUAAUUUUCCCAAAUAGCUACUAAUUAGGUUCUGCAAUGCUUUGAUAGAGCCCUUAAAGUAAUUACAGUAAAUAGGAUUUUCAAAUUUUUUCAAUUCCUUAAUGAAGUUACUAAAACUUUCUCCAAUGCUUUAAUGGUAUUGUUCAAGUAAUUACAGUACAUAUGAUACUAAAAUGUCCUUUUCUUUAUCCCCUUGAAAACUCAAAUUUCUCUCGCAUAAACCAAACCCUAUCCCAAAGAAGAUUCAUAAAUUAGCUACUGAACAGCCUAAGUUACCACUUUAUCAAAAGAGAUAUAUUUAGUUAAGUAGCACUGUUAGUUUGGCUACGACCAAAGCACUCAAAGAACCAAGUCCUUUGGCAACUAUCCAAGAAUGUAAAUGACGGAAUAAUGAUAAUCAACAUAAGUAUUUAGUGUGAAAAACUUCUUGCUUAAUGGAGAAGAAAACCACGACCCACCUCUGUAGGAUUUUUCCAAACUUCUCCACUAAACUCGAGCCCAAACUUCCGGGUUUGCAACUACCCUUGCAACACCCAAGGAAUUGUUCCCAACAAUCCAAUCUCUAUCCUCUCAAGUCUCAACUCUUCCUAAAGGAUCUAUUCUGUUAGUGAAUCCCCUUAUAGAUACAAAACAAUACCUACUACAAUCAGCUAAGACGGUAAUCAAGAUAUGUUUUUGGAACUAACUGCGUUUGAUAUGGUAUUUUGAUAUUAAUGUUUCGGCUCCAUUUAGGGAGCUUUGCUGCUUACUUCAUAAUCAAUGAAUAGAGAGACAAAGCUACUAGUCAUUUGGACUGAAAUGUGAUUCAGUGUGUGGCAAGCACAUGAAGGUUUCCAUUAAAGAACUUGGCAAUGAAGGAGGACAAUUAAUACUCCAUGUAGAAGGAGGAGGAUUGUUUUUGUUCUUAGAGCCAAAGAUGAGGGACAGUUCUGGUCCUUCUUUCGAUUGAUAAGCUGCAGGAUAAAUGUAGCUUUUCAGUGUUUGGUCCAAGUGUUGUCAAAGGCAUGCUUAAGCCCUAAAGCGAGGCUCAAAACAUGUUGAGCGCUUUGACUCACUUAGUGUGCACUUCAGUGUCGUCAUCAAGACUCAAAUUCAUACUUUUCCUUGCCAGUGAGCCUCUUCUGAAGAGUUGACAUUACAUAAUUAAUAUUUCACAUUAUUAUUAUUUUUUUAAUUUUUUUUGUUCAUGCUUAUAAUUAUCAGUCUUGCACUAACCAUAUAUCUUUAUUAUUGGUUUGUUUCUCCACUGUCAUUUCCUCUUUUUUAUUGUUAUGAUAUGUUAUACUCGAGUUCAGGGUUCUCCAGAAACGGUCUCCUUACCUCCACGAGGUAGGGGUAUGGUUUGCAUACACUCUACCCUCCCUAGACCCCACCUGUGGGAUUUCAUUGCGUAUGUUGUUGUUGGACUUAACAUGUAUAUUUGUAUUUAUUCUCUCUUUGUGCCUUUUUCAUGAAAGCUCAUGCUUUAUUUGUGCUUUGCGCUUAAAACCCCAACAAACCUUAGAGCUUUCUUUGCGCUUUUAACUUUUGAUAACACUAGGUCCAUGAUGCCAUGUUCCCAGUACAGGAAGUUUAAGUUCUUGGUAACCCUACAAUGAAUUGUUCAAAUGGAAGUUAUUUCUCAUUUAUGAGUUACUACAUUGGAAAAAUACCACAGAUCUACUCUCAAUGUGGUAGGGAAAAAGACAAGGAAACAGAAGUAGGCUGUGGUGUACCAUCAAUUAUUAUUCCCAAUAUAUGUUCUCUUAUUUUGGAUGUCUAGACUUAAAUAUCUAAAAGAAUUUAGGGGGGAAAUCAAUAUUUGAAGCAACUUAUGCGUGAUUUGUCCAAGGUAAAAGUUGUUGUCACUGAUCACCCACUUUUUAUACUUGAACCUAUUACAUCAUCCCUUAAUACCACCUUUUCUUAUGAUGGGUAAUUAUCCAUAUUAACUGGCAUCUUGUAAUGGUCUUGAACCUUAAGACAAUCUUAAGAUACAGAAAUAACAGGAAUAUAACAAUAGAGCAGUGUAUUUGGGACAAUUUUCUGAUUUAUAUUGGAACUGAAAUGAAUUACAAACUAGACUAAUAACAGAAUAACAGGAAUUGGAAAGGUUGAACAGUAGCCUUCUAGCUUGAUAGAUCUGCAGAAAUGGAAGAAGAAGAAUAGAGGUAAGAAUCAGGAAGGUGAAGAGAAGAGUCUAGAAGAAAUUUGGGAGAGAAAGAUACCUGAUAUGUGCUGAAUGAAUGUUCUCUGCAGGGUUGUUAAGAGUAUAACAACCAGUCUGAUGAGCUGUUACUUUGCUGACGUGGGGCGAUCCUGACCCUCGGACCUCAUUAAAGUAAAUCUAAUUCUAGUCAUUGAUAAUUAAUUUAGUAAUUCCUCUUCUGGCUAACUAUGUGAAAUAAGAAAGGGUCCCUGGCUGUGACACAUCUGAACUGCAACCAAACAUGUGAGUGAAGAAUUAUAUUGCUUUGUAUACCUUGAGCCCUUGCUUCUAUUAGGUCCAAGAGUAAUGGACCACUAGGAUCUACAGUUCUCCAUAUUUACCAGCACAUAAAUUGUGAACAAACGUGGGUAAACUAAAGAAGUUUGUGUCUGUAAAUUUGCGAGUCCUUGCUUCUUUUUCGUCUGAGAGUAAUGGUACUUUUGAAGUGGUGCUAGUAGAGCUGCCAUGCAAUUGAAGGCCACUGAUAGAAAAAGAUAUCUGUUCUGGGUGCUGUUUACUUUUGUUUAUUUUUCUAUUGAAGGACAUUUUACCUAUGCGAUCCUUUAAUAUUUUUCCCUCGUCCAGAGGAAUUAUUUUUCAACAAAAAGAAAAAACAAAAUUCCUGAAAGUGUAGUGACUUGCCACUACCAACUUCCAAGCUUUUCUGCAUUCAUCUUUGUCUUUUAUCAGGUCAUAUAAUCUUUAAAUUGUUUAAUCACUAGUAGAAAGGUCCUGCUGAUUCACAUUGGUGAUAAGUUUUGAGAGGCACAAAAUCACUAAGGAGAAGCUCACUUAGGUGUCAUGCCCUAGGGAAAGUACCCUUCUAGUUGUAACUUGUUGAUUUGCACUAUCAGAGAGAAUGUAUUGUAAUCCUUGCCACCAUUUUAUUUCCCUAACUCAUGGGGGCUAGUCCUAUCUUUUUUGCCAGAAGUGGUCUUCUAAGCAUUCAGAUUCACGUUAAGCACUACUUGGUCCAAAUCUAUUAGACAAGGUUUUUGAAAUUCUGAGUCCAGCAAGUAAAUUCGGUAUCUUAGGUUAGCGCAUUUUCGAUCAGGUGCUGAAGAAUUGAAAUGCUGUUGGCUUUAAGCAAGGACUGGAUUAAUGAGACCCUGUAUUACUACUUGGCUUCAGCAGAUGAUCACCUUCCUUGAGAUACGGCUUUUUUUUUUCUUUUUAUAUCUCAUUACAAAAAAAAAAAAAAAGAAGAAAAAAAAGGAAAAAGAACAAAAAACAGGUGAUCAAGUAUAUCUGACUUGAAGAACUGGUCUGGAAUAAGUCUUUAACUUCUUGCCUGAUGAGGGGACACUUGCAUCAUUGGACCAUAUUAUAUAUUCUUAUUCAAUGUCUGUAUCUGUUAAAGCACUUGUUUCGUCUGCAAAUAGAAUUAUGAAGAUCCGAGAAGAAACCACUUAUAUUGAACUUUACUG